AUGCAUUUCUGGUACAAUAAUCCAGUUUUUACCAUUCAGUUUGCAUCAAAUAUCACGAGAAAUGAUUCUGCUCCAUAUCGUACAGUGACGGUACGAGAUGCUUUGUCAGAUUUACCAGAAAUCAGAAACGGUGCAAAGGCAAUAGAAAUAUCUUAUGAUGGAGAUGCGCAGUCCCACUUCCAGAGACAGAUCCGUAUGUAUAAUGAAAACACCGUGUUGCGUGAUCACGUGUGCAAAGAGAUGACGUCAUUGGUCGUUGCUAGGAUACAGCGUAUUCCCCAAGCACCUGGAUCCGAUUGGCGUGACUUACCGAACAUAUGUGUUCGCCUAGCAGAUGGGAAAUAUACGGAGAAAUUGCGUUACACACAUAAGGAUAAAAAGAAUGGCACUAGUUCAUCCGGGCAACAACGUGGUGUAUGUAGCUGUGUUGAGGGUGCCCCCUGUGAUCCACAGGAUAGACAAUUUAACACCCUUAUCCCAUGGUGUUUACCUCAUACUGGUAACAGACACAAUCACUGGGCUGGUCUCUAUGGAAGACUGGAGUGGGAUGGCUAUUUCAGUACGACAAUAACGAAUCCUGAACCGAUGGGAAAACAGGGACGAGUUCUUCAUCCCUGCCAACAUCGAGUAGUGAGCGUGCGUGAAUGCGCUCGUUCCCAGGGUUUUCCAGAUACUUACUGCUUUAAAGGAGAUGUUCUUGAUAAACAUAGACAGAUUGGUAAUGCAGUACCACCUCCCAUGGCCAAAGCUAUUGGCUUGGAGAUCAAGAAAUGUUUGAUAAAUUCGGCAAUCAAUCAAAUUCAUCUACAAUAGCACUACACAUCAAUUUCAACUUGAUUUAAUCCGCCACUUCUUUAGCUUAUAGUUUUAAUCAUUUUUGCCAUAUUUCUUUUCUCAAUGUGUUAGAAAGAGUUACUGAUGUAGGUUUAUCUAAUUGCUAGUGAUUUUUAUGAAGUGUUUUAGUCCAUUCUUUUCAAAUAGCAGCAGUUAUUUAAAUCGAUGUAACUUUUGUACUAAGUUUUAUAUUUUCAAUUUUUCUAACUGUCGAUGCUUUACACAAUUUAAAUAGAAAAAUAAAAGCUAUAUUUUUAUGUAAGAAA